GAGGUAGCGUCCUGCAGACUGCUGGACCGCUGGCGAGGGAAAGUUUUCUUCCUGCGGAAUUCAACCUCCUCUCUGGGAAAGGAAAAAUGAGCCGACCCCUGAGGUCAAAGCUGGAGAGCUUGCAGUGCCAUUUCACCUGGGAUUUCGAGAUCAAGGACAAGGUGGAAGCAGUGCACAUCCUGCAGACGCUGGCCCCAAAGGCGCAGCACACCCCACACCCCAAUCGAGGCACCUACCUUGCCAUGAGGGGCUACCUCCAGCACCUGCAGGGGAACUACAAGGAGGCUCUGGACAGCCUCCGAGAAGCAGAGGGGGCUCUGAAGCGGGACCACCCUGCCAACUUCUCCCGCCAGGCCUUGGUGACCUAUGGCAACUACGCCUGGGUCUACUACCGCUUGGUCAAUUAUGACAUGGUGGACCUCUACCUGGGACGCAUCCACGACAUCUGCCGGUCCUUGUCCAGCCCAGAGGCUUACUCUGCGAUGAUCCCUGAAAUCUAUGCUCAGAAAGGCUGGUCCCUCCUGGCUGUGGGCUUCCGGAAUGGGGAUGAGGCCGCAGAAUGUUUCCGGAAGGCGCUGGAGGUAGAAGAGUCCAAUGAGGAGUUCCAGGCUGGACUGGCCGUCUCCGUUUAUGCCUCCUGGACUCAUUCCCCUAAUGCUGAACAACGGGAAGAAGCCCAGAAGUUGCUGGAAGAAGUCAUUGUUCGCCAGCCACAGAACUAUGAAGCCAAAGCUUAUUUGGCUCAGGCACUUAGGGAUGUGGAUACGGAAAGAGCGCUCUGCCUCGCGGACGAUGUUGCCCAGGAGAGCGUGAACCCCGAAGUCCUCCGAAUCAUCUGCAAGCUGCUCAGGCCACAAUUCCUUCCCCGUACCAUUUCCAUUCUGAAGAAGGCAAUUGCCGUAGAUCACGGCUAUCAUCUCCUCCACUACGACCUUGGCCUGUGCUACCUGAAGCAGUUGGCGAGCCCUCCAGGUGAUGUCAGAGAAGAAGCUGUUGAGGCUGCCAUCGAGAGCUUCAAGCGCGCUCUGGAGAUGGAUCCUUCCUCCAUCUUCACCCGGCUGAAGCUGGCGAAGGUUUACGGCGAGAGGUCGCCGGCUUACGAGGAAGAGAUCUACCUGAACCUGAUGGAGGAGCUCCCGGGAGCCAGCAAUAGAUGCCAGCAGUCGAUCUACAUGAACUGGGGGGAUUUCCUCCUCCACAAGAAGGGGAUGAAGAGUCAGGCCCUAGAGAUGUACCAGGCGGCCGCCAGGAUCCCUACAGACCAUUCAUUUGAGAGGCUGCAACUGGAAAUUCGCCUGAAGAAGCUGGCGAGUAUGUUCAGGGAAGACGGAGAAAUGGGCCAGGCCAGAGCUAUCUACAGCUUCCUUGAAGAAACGGGGCUUCAACAGGACGGAUGGUGGCAACGGGGUUCCUGGCAAAAGAGUGGCAGGGCCCAGCAGUGAAAGACCUCCACACUUACACACUUGCAAAGAGGCAGGGGGUUGUGGCUCCUUCCUUCCAGUUUUGGCUCUUCCUGCAGCCUCUGAGCCCCUGGAUCCUCUGACAGGAGUUUUUGCUGGAGGAAAGCUGGUUUCCUUAAAGUUUCAUUGCAUUCCCCUCCCUGCACUAAAAGG